AUGCUGCGCUAUCAUACCCAAUCAGAUGAUUGCGCCCAAGACAAGGUUGGCUCAUCCACCGCAAGCGAACCUUGUCACGACGACAACUACAACUACAACAGAGAAGACAUUCAGAACGAAGACCAAGAAGUUUUCGCAUACAGUCACGAUUCUACCGGCGCACAUGUCAAACCUCAGCUCGCUGCUCUCCUGAACGGACCACAGUGGCAGAAAUCAAAUCCGAACACGCGUCGCGCGACCAGAGCAGACUACAGCUGCAAGAAGCCGUCGCAAAUUGCAACGAGAAAACGUCCUCGUAAAGCAAAGGUUCCUCGAAACAUGCGAGUUGCCGGUUAUGCUCCGCCAGGCGGACCCAGUGAUAUUGUGCAGGAGUACCUCUCUCCGGACGAUCCUUGGGUCGCCAAUUACCAGGAUUUCAAGGUACUUACUGAUGCCGAGAAAAAGGACGUGAUUGCGCGUGAAGCCGAAGAACAUGGUCUCGAGAGGCCGAAAGGCUGGAAUGUGUCUUUCCAUUACAAUCCGCACGUGGAGUAUCAUCACUUUGGCAGCUCACAUCCGAUGAAACCAUGGCGUCUGACGCUGACGAAACAACUCGUUCUUGCGUAUGGGUUGGAGUAUACCAUGGAUCUCUUCGAGCCAAGACCAGCCAGCUUCCAGGACCUUGCUGUGUUCCACGACCGCGAAUAUCUAGCCUACCUCAGCAAAAUCACGCCUCAGAACGCACAGCCUGAGGACCCUCAGUAUAUAGCGUAUGGCUUUGGUGGCGAGUCGAACGACUGCCCAGUAUUUGAUGGACUGUGGAACUACGUAUCACUUUAUACGGGUGCCACAAUGAGCGCUGCCUACAAUCUCAUCAACAACCAGUCUAAUAUCGCCAUCAACUGGUCUGGAGGCUUACAUCACGCGAAAAAGAAUCUUGCCUCCGGGUUCUGCUAUGUCAACGACAUUGUGAUAGCGAUCCAAACUCUGCUCUCGCGGAACCAGCGCGUCCUGUACAUUGAUAUCGACGUCCACCACGGCGAUGGUGUCGAACAGGCAUUUGAGUCUACAGAUCGUGUAUUCACGCUCUCGUACCACAAGUAUGGUAUCGACAAGCACGGCUAUCCGUUCUUCCCAGGUACAGGAGCCAUCGACGAGACGGGUCCCGCGGAUCCUAGAAAUCCCGGCAAGGCCCACAGCCUGAAUAUUCCCAUCGAUGAUGGCAUCGACGACGACCAGUACAAGUGGCUCUUCAAGACGGUUACCGGCGCAGUAAUAGAAAAAUACAACCCGCAAGCUAUCGUCCUGCAGUCGGGUGCCGACUCUCUUGGGGGUGACCGCCUCGGUCGCUUCAACCUCAACAUCAAAGCGCACGGCUAUUGCGUAGAAACAGUAAAAGCUUACGGUCGUCCUCUGCUCAUUAUAGGUGGUGGUGGCUACACACCUCGCAAUGUUGCACGGACAUGGUGUCACGAAACGUCUGUCUGUGUAGGUGCAACGCUUCACAAUGAGCUACCCGCUCACAUACCCUACCUCCAAGCCUUUCAAGGAGCAGAGAAUGGCGAUGGGGUUUUGUACCCUGAUCUACACAACACGAAGCGUCACGACAACCUGAACUCGCAGGCUAAAUUGCAUAAGCUAGUCGAACAAGCACUAGAGAAUCUGAGGUACUUAGAGGGCGCACCUAGUGUGGUCGUAGACACAAAGGGUAUCCCGCUGGAAGAGCUCAUGAGAGUGAGGGAGGCAAUCGAUCGAGAGAUGGAGGAAGAGGCGGAGGACAAGGCCCGUCUCUCGGUCGAGAAUAGCAGACGCAGGAAAGAGAAGAACAUUGGCGGCCGAAGAAAAUAUUGGAGUCACGGGAGGAUGCGCUUUCGGCGAUACCCAUGGUACAUGAUUCAGACUAGGCAACAACUUGUUUGGAUGCACAAUGAAUGUUCUGGUGAGAUUCUAGAGCGUGCGCUUAUCAGAUGGAAAUGGAUCUGCGGAGGUGACUUGGCAGGCUCCGAAUUUCUCACCGAUCGCAGUCCACGGGAUGCGACAGGCGUAAAUGGGUAG